GUCUAUUUCCUUUACUUGUUUUUUCUGUGGGGUUGUAGUUAAUUGAGCAUUGUAUGCAUUUCCUUACAUUUUCGUCGUCCACGUUGUAACUCCACCCACGCCAGCAAGUGCACUUCCGCGGAGUAGCCACGCACCGCCACGAUGGACGCCACACCCUCAGCAAUGCUGAAGCUCCUUGUGCCCAAGGUACCUUUCAUGCUCAAAACAGCGCUUUGGCACACCAUCGGUCAAUCCGCCACAUCUUCGAAAUGGGAUCUCCGGACCGAACUUACAAUCAACAUUCUCCGGGACAUGAUCGGACCCAACUCGGAACCAUCACCGAUCUCAAAAAUUCAACGCUUGACUACGAAGGACCCUGGUAUUAAGGGCAAGGUUUGGGUCAGUAAGGUGAAGUUGAACGUCCCCGAGGAGGACGACGUUCGACAGCUGCUCUUCAAAGCGAUAGAAGACAUGGGCACGGGUAAAGAGCAAUGGACCAAGCCAGAAAACCGACCCUUGGAGGCAGAGUGGAACGGCUACCGCGCGCAAGCCCCAGACCCAAAAGCGCCUCAGUCCGCAGACCGAGACGAGAAGGCCGAAUACGCAAACUUGAUGAAAGAAGUCUCGUCUAGAGUCACCCUCCUUUACUUCCACGGCGGCGCAAUGUAUCUCCUGGACCCUGCUACCUACCGCCCAACAACCUCGCGCCUGGCAAAAGAGACCGGAGGUAGAGUGUUCAGCGUGCGAUACAGACUCGCACCAUCAAACCCCUUCCCCGCCGCACUGCUAGACUGCUUCACCGCAUACCUCUCGUUGCUACACCCACCGCCAGGUGCGCCCCACUCCGCCGUUCCCGCGAACGAAAUCGUCUUCGGCGGCGACAGCGCAGGAGGAACCUGUUGUACCGCCCUCCUGCAACUACUCCUCCAAAUCCACCGCUCAAAUCCCAACCCCAACUCUCUCCCAACCGUCAAAUUCCACGGCAAGGACGUUGACAUCCCUCUCCCGGCCGGCCUCGCAAUGACCUCCCCCUGGCUCGACAUUACGCGUGGACUACCCUCUAUUGAGGGGCUGGCGCAGUAUGACUACCUCCCCCCGCCGUCGCAAACCGACCACCGCGAGUUCCCCGCGUGCUCCAUCUGGCCCGCCUCUCCGCCUCGCGCAGAUCUAUACUGCGAAGGCAGCGCGCUCCUGCACCCUCUAGUCUCGCCACUAGCAGCCAAAUCCUGGGAAGGCGCUCCACCGCUGUUUUUCAGUCUGGGGCAGGAGAUGCUGCGCGAUGAGGAUGCGGUGCUUGCGCAAAGGGCGGUGGGUCAAGGUGUGAAAGUGGUGUGGAGAGAGUUCGAGGCCAUGCCGCAUUGCUUUGCGAUGUUGCUGGAGAGUAAUCCGGGGGCACCGGUGUAUUACAAGGAGUUCGCGAAGUUUUGUAAGGAGGUUGUUGAGGCUAGGGACAGUGUGCAGACGAAUGGCGAAUUUAUUCGAGCAAAGACGUUGCAGAGGAGCGAGGUGGAUGUAAAGGGUGGGCUGACUAAGUUGACUGAUGUUGAAGUGGAGGGGUAUAUGAAGAAGGGGCAGGAGAGGAUCGAAGCAAAGUUCAGGAGGGGACGGGAUCCGGCCGCUGAGAGGCCGAUGCUGUAGAUGAAGUGGUUCAGAAGGAGGUGUGUAUGUAUGUAUAUAUCCGGC